GACAGCUGACGAAGUGAGUUUAGGUUGACGACAUCACCUAUAGAUGCCGUCAUGAGGGAUGAUACAUAAGCACUGAGGGUUGGUGAAGAUACACAACUGAGUCCAGUUUUGGAAGCCCGUAUGGUAUGAUUUGGAGUAAACAAUUAAUCUUGUCUAUAUAUUUGUGUUUUCUUGGUUUUAUUGUACUAACAUCACCCACGAGCCCUAUAAUGGAGAAUAUGAUAGAGGCACCCUCGUCCUUGUCCCCACCCGAUGAGGCAGAAAGAAUCCGGAUCCAUGAAAUCUUGAUGAAUUGUUUUAACAAUGGAAUCCUACCAUCUAAGCUAGCUCCCAGUACUGUAACGGAAGGAGAGGACUGUGUCAAAGUGGUAGUAAACCAUGAUAUUGCACGCUUCCAGGCGGAUUGGUUGAAGGAACAUGCGGUUUCGGUAUUUUUUUACCACGAAACCUCCUCCCUUCCGCCGGGGGUCAAGAGUCGUUUGAUCACAUAUGUGGCCUCGGCCAAGCAGAUUGCCAGUUGGAUGCUCAUGAAGAAAGAGAGUAAAGUUACGUUAGAUAAUGAAACCCAUACAGUGUACUUCAGGCCGUGGAUGUCGGAACACCAACUUUUGAUAUGGAGGGAUUUAAUCAACCGUGAUUUUUUCUGGAUCCGGUGUUUGGACGUUCCAGUGUCCGCCAUGGGCCUAUUAAAAGGCGCUGUAGAGGAUGCUUUUGGUUCAAUAAUUAGAGAUUAUGCACCGUUCAAGUUUCCAGUGACCCCGGAUUUGAGAGACCUCCGCUUUGACCUGGCUCUUCCGGCAAAAGCGCGAUAUAAACAGCGACUCAUCGUGGACCUGUGGGAAUUCGGAUCCAUGGAUAUUCAAGUGGCCUGCAGCGACACACCAUGGUGUGCCGCAUGCAGACGUUAUUUCCAUAAGUCUGAUGAUAACUGUCCGAAGAAGAAAAAAGAGCCUAGGAAAGAUCAGAAAGCGGAUGAGGAGAAGUCAGACAAGGGAAAAGAGGACGGAGGAGGGGAUGGGGAGAAGGGUUUGGAGAAGGAAAAGGGCAAAGAGGGGGAAGAUAAGGGAAGAGAGAAAGAGAAGGAUGACGGAGGGAAAGGUCAGAAAGGAGACGGGAAGGAGGAGAAGGAACAAGAGAAGGCUGCAGCCGAAAAGACAGAUGAGAAGACUCCAGGGCCAGGAGCUGAGAAUGGUCAGGGGGAGAAUGGAGGUGGGAGAGAGAAGGGGAAAGAGAGGGCGAUCAAAGAAAGGGGAAAGGCGGAUCAAAAAUGGGAAAGGGUGAAUGAGAAGAGCAAGGCAAAGGGAACAAGAGGGAAGAAGGGUCGGCAGUCCCCUGACAGCACCCAUAUGCUGCAGGGGGAGGACGGCCUUAGAGCUGACCAAGACUGCAGCUCACCGCGCGGCAUUGAAAAUUUUGAUUACGAGGGAAAGACGGUUUGGAAGGACCUACCGGAGCCCCUGCCGCAAAGUCCCCGACAUUCGAAGGGUUGGGAUGAAGCUUUAAGCGCAGACGUAGGAACGGUCUUUGCAGGUAACCAGUCAACAGACGGGAUCCUGAAAGGUCUGCAAGGGGGCGAUAAAUCAGAACCCAGUGUAGAUCCUAAACAGACUGUUUUUACGAAGCUGUCUGGCCGAAAGGAGGGGUUUGCAAAGCCCCCUCUCAAACCAUUGAUAUUUUCAGGUAAGCAAUGUAUACCGAAAAUGGGGACCGAGGGUACUAAGGGAAACUCUUCCGGAACAGCACUCCAACCUGAAGGGGCCGUAGGUCUGCAGUCCCCUGACAGCUCUUAUGAGCUGCAGAGGGAGGACGGCCUUAGAGCUGACCAAGACUGCAGUUCACCGCGUGGCCUUGAAAACUCCGACUACGAAGAAAAGAUACCGGAGGAAAUUCUUGAUUUCGCGGUGGCAGGCUUAUUCGCGGAAGGGGAUAUACAGUUCGAUCCCCACAAAGAUCAGGAAAAUGUUGUAAUGUGCACACCCAGCAAAAAGGCCAAGUUGGACAAGGACUCAACGUGGCCAACCUUGCAGGAACAGUAUUUGGGGGAACCUGCGGGGGAAGUCGCCCUCACAUCCCUGGACUCGCUGCAGAGUGUUGAAAGACGGAUUGUACGGACCGUGGAACUGGCCGGGAUGGUGGCGGAGGAGCUUGGCAAUCCCAAUGGGCCAAGUGGGCCAAAUGGGCCCAGACCGGAUGCAGUGACGGCGUUGUGCAAGGAGUUUAUGACGGAGAUAAAGGAGACGCAGAAAAUAUUGAGGGAGCAAAUCAAGGGCAUGUGUGAAUACCGGCCGUUCGAGAACUGUGAUUAUCAGUCGCGGAUGGCGGCAGAGAUCAGCUUAGAGAAACUGAAGUUAGUAGCAGAGAAUCUGGAGGGAAUGAACGAAACGGCGGGGCAAUACCAUUCGUUGAAUCGGGACGAUCUGAUUGGAUCGGCGGCAUCAUGAUGGUCGGCGGGGGGGAAUCGGCAGGUGCUGCGGAUCCCCAAUAGCAUUCAUUGCAUCUGGAUGCGUUGGGUGUGGCUGGAUGGAUCAGCAUCGUGAUGGUCGGCGGAUCGGCAGCGAAACAGAUAUUGCCUUUUAUUACUAUGACUUGUUGUUAGAGAAAUAAAAUGAUGUUUUUUUUUCUGUUUUUCCUUGUUUUUCCCCUUUUUUGUGUGUAUUUUCUUUAGUAAAAGGCGAAAGCAUAG